ACUUCCGUCGCAUUUCGGGGCGGUACCAAGAUGGACUCUUCGCGGGCCCGGCAGCAGCUCCGGCGGCGAUUCCUCCUCCUGCCGGACGCCGAGGCCCAGCUGGACCGCGAGGGUGACGCCGGGCCGGGUGAGGCGCGCACCAAGCCGCCCCGAGGUUCUCAGAGGCGAGGCGUCGGAAAACGGCCGGCCUCCGGCAGCCCUGGCCCAGUCUGGAAGGACUGAGUUUCGGCUUUGCAAGUCGAAUAUUUAAUGUCAGGGAAGAUCCUUAGAAUCGCGUAGUGCUGUGCAUCGUCAUCUCAACUGCGCUUCAGAAUUCUCUGGAGAGCUGAUUUGACACCUGUUUGGAAAUAGCGAUUAAAAUUAAAAAUACCCACCAGUUUUAAGUCUUAAGGAUUUACCAGAAACAUGCCUGUACCGCAGUGUACAAUGAUGUGCGCAGUGUUUCACUUCAGGAUUGCUUGUAAUAGCGAAUUACUGGAAAUAUCUGUCUUGCCCGUCAGCAGAAAGCUGGUUAAGUAAAUUUGGGUAUAUGUAUACCUGACACGCCAGGUCGACUCGUAUGUACCAAUGGGGAUGAUUUUCAAAGGGAAGUGUGGAACACUAUGGUAUGCCGCCAUUUGGGUACAAAACAGAAACCUCUGCAGCUGUUGAGAAAAAGGAGAAACCUCUUCCAAGACUUAAUAUCCAUUCUGGAUUCUGGAUUUUGGCAUCCAUUGUUGUGACCUAUUAUGUUGACUUCUUUAAAACCCUUAAAGAAAACUUCCACACUAGCAGCUGGUUUCUCUGUGGCAGUGCCUUGUUGCUUGUCAGUUUAUCAAUUGCAUUUUACUGCAUAGUCUACCUGGAAUGGUAUUGUGGAAUUGGAGAAUAUGAUGUCACGUAUCCAGCCUUGAUACCCAUUACCACUGCCUCCUUUAUUGCAGCAGGAAUUUGCUUCAACAUUGCUUUAUGGCAUGUGUGGUCGUUUUUCACUCCAUUGUUGUUGUUUACCCAGUUUAUGGGGGUUGUCAUGUUUAUCACACUCCUUGGAUGAUUUCCGAAGAUCACCCCAUCCUGAGAUCUGCUGCCUUACACAGUGGAGGCUGUUUUCUGAGUGUCGGAUAACUCUGUUAUUAAAUAAGUGUAUAUUGAGAAUACUCACUCCAGAUGCUUAGGGGCAUGGUGAGAAGGACAAAGUUAGUGCCUCCUGUCAGGUCACUUACAUCAGAACUUGCAGGAAACCUGCUUUAUACAGCAGUUGACAGGUGUGGAAACUGAAGCUCAUGGAACUAAAAGUUAAUACGCUAAAUUUUCAAGGAGUUAAUGAAAACUGACAUUUCUGCUAAAAACAGCAUGUUCUCCCUGUGGGAUUUUAAAGGAAGGUCAGUGGUAACUGUGUAAAGAAGAAAUGGACAUAGUUUCAUUGUUAGCAGUCUGAAAAUAGUUGCUAGCACCUCCAUGCCCACGCCAAUGUCUCCAGCCUCCUUCAGGCACCUUGCUGUGUCUUGGGACCACUGGGAGCCCUCACAGGAGGCCCUUCGUUCCUGUACACAUGUGGUGCCACAAGCGGCUUUGGGCCCGGAGGAAUCCUACGCAUCUCAGAGCACUUCCUCACCUGACCCUGUCACCCGUCUCCGCUUCUCAUGUGCUCAGCCCCUUCUUUGACUCUUGAAUUUUGAGUUUUUACGGAUGUUUGGGAGCUCUUACUCUGACAUGAAGUUAUAAUUGGUAAUGGAGACUCAGACAAUGUUGUAGAUUACAGAGUGAACUAUGCUUUUUAGUGUUAAAUGCAAUAGCUUGAGAUAGAAUGUUUUACUUGGUACAUAAAUGCUGGUUUUCUUUCAGAUUUAAGGACAUAUACUUUUUUUUUUUUUUUUUUUUUAAGAGACAGGGUCUUCUAUGUUGCCCAGGCUGUCUUUGAACUCCUGGGAUCAAGUGAUCCUCCUGCCUCAGCCUUCGAAGUAGUUGGGACUACAGGCCCACGCCACCGUGCCUGGCUGGACAUGUAAAUUUGAAGUGAAUGGUUAAACAUCCAGCUAGCUGAAAGCAUGGCAGACCCUAACAGAAAAGCUACAGUGUGUUUUUGCAACUGUGAAGUGAAUGGUUUCCUGGGAAAAAUUGUGACUUUGUAUAACUAUUGUUGAAACCAGAAUAAAUUAUAUUUCACUUGCAUAUGCUUAAAUUAUUAAAAUUUUCAGAAGUCAGUGAUACAGAAAUACUAUUUUGCAAUGUUAAUCUGUUUGAGUCUUUGGAGAAAGUGGUUUCAUUAUAGGUACAUAGUGCACUGUUAAUAUUUUAAACAAAUAGUUCACUCUUCCAUUUAAGGGAUAGCAGUUCCUUGUAUAAAAUGACUGGAUGUGUAUAAAGGAAUUAUGUUGUCAUGUGCCUUUAACCAGCUUUAGUAAUUACUAUAAUCUCAUAUUUAUGAUAGUUUUGUUAGGUGACAGGACCAAAUGAAAACAUUUUAUGUUUUCUCAUCACUUUAGAUUUUAUCAUUAUGUACAUUACUGGGUUUUUAGCAUUUCCUAAUGUGAAGUUUUAAUCACUUUUAAGUAUACAUUUUUUUCUGUAUCAUUUAAAUAAAAUAUCUUUAUAACUUU